CUACAUUUGGCAUGUGGGUUUCCUACCGAAUUACACAAGGCAGCUCGCUGUGCCUGUAAUUUCAAUCCGGUCCAUAUAAAUACGAAUUACAUACAGAUGACAGUGCUUCCAUGAAGAAAAAUCAGAUUCGAUCGCAUUUUAGGAGGUUUCUUUGAAGUAAAUCAAUCGUCUAUCAGGAUGGCGGAUCCGUUCGAGGUUCGCGUGCGCUUCAGCUCGCAGUUACAGAACCUGAAUGCCUCAGUGACAUCCGCACAGAAGGCAGCCAUCUAUGCGCUCAAAUACAAAGAUUUGGACGAGGAUUUGCACUCAUGCAUUCUGGAACAAUUGGAGAAGCCAGAAACCCCUGUCAACACAAGGGCAAAUAUUAUGUACUUUAUCGAGCAUUUCUUAGAGAUUGCCCAGAAAGAUGGCCAUGUGGGCUACGUGCGGAUGCUGCAACGCGAUAUUAUUCGUGUCGUCGAUGCCGUGGCGCCCGAGAACGGUUCGGGCGCCGCCAAUGUCAAGGUCGUCCGCCGGGUUCUACAAGCGCUGCAGAACAAAAAGUUCCUCCAGCCUCAGACCGUCGCGGAGAUUGACGAGGUCCUUAAGGAGCGCGAGAGUGCGACGCACUACGUCACCAUGUCUUCGCCAAUACCCGGUGACGACGAGAUAGGUGACAUGCCUCCGUCUCAGACCAUCCCUAGGGCCGGGAGGGCCGUCGCUCCACAGAGGCUGGAAAAGAAGCAGAUAGAGCAGCGGAUCGAAGAGGACCGUGAGCGGCACAAGCGUCUGCGCGAGGAAAUAUGGGCUAUCCCUAAUGAAGGGUACGAGGCAGAAAUGGACAAGAUGUGGGAGGAGACGAGCGACUUGGGGGAGGACGACCAUAUCAUGGGCGAGGAGGAAAAGGAGGAGCGCGAGGAAUGGCUCCGGAGGUCAUGUUCACAUCGAGAGGCAGAGAUAUUGGCUAAUGGUAAUCAUAGGCCGUGAGGUGAUUUCUAUCUUCAAGUCAUAAUUGGAAGCCUCGUUGAGACUUAAGCCACAAGACAUGCAAUUUUCUCCCCUCGUCUAUCGGUCUAUAUUCCAUCGGUUCUCAGAUAUGCCCCAUAAACAAUGAUAUCCCAAAGGUAAAGGAGAAUGUCAUACAGUCCUGCCUGUCCAUGAAAUUGUGUAAAGGAAGCUGGUUGUCAAUACAUUUGUUUGGAUAUAGAACAUCAAAGAUUUCCAUAGUUG